AUGCAGAACCUCGAUUUCGAUGCUGGUAUUGUGCAAGAUGCUCGUCGCACAACAACACAGCUCAAGUACAAUACUGCCUGCCUGAAGCGGCCUGGUGUCAUGGCAAUAUCUUCGAGUUACUCUGGGCGCCCGCUCACACCUUUCACCACGUUCACCGAUGCACCCAGAGGACAUUAUUCCGAUGAGCAGUUGGAGGAGAUUUUCGAAUCCUUCUGCAGAGACACUACAUCUGGCAAGCCACAAUGGUAUCUGAUCGGCUCAAGCAAAGAGGUGCUUGGAGAGCAAUGCCGCUAUUCUGACCUGCUCACGGCUGGUCCAUAUUUGCAGCAGGCUUUGACACAAACCAUAGAUGGUGUCAACACAAGCUACAUUUAUGCUAGCUACGCUACUGGCCGUACUGCUACCGCGAUGCAUUAUGAAGACUGCGCAUGGUUUUCUGUCAACCUCAUGCUAUGUGGUGCUCCAAAAAUAUGGCUUAGCAUCGAGCCUACGUCCAAUGAGAAGUUCGAGGCCGGCCUAGGAGCUUUGUUCCCUGGACAGCUGACUACGUGUUCACAACGCAUCCGUCACUUAUCGGUACUCGUUGCACCGAGCGUCCUUAAAAGUCUGGGGGUGAAAUACCAUAUCAAGGCCUGUUAUCCUGGGGAGCUGAUCUUCACGACCCCUGCAGCCUAUCACCAGAUUAUCAACAUGGGCGCAAACCUGGCUGAAGCUGUCAAUUUCAUGGACCGAAACAUUUCCCCCUAUCCGCAAAACUAUAAUUUUUGUACUAGCAAAAUUUGCGGCUUCACGGAUUCUCCUGGCCCACACCACUUCCGAGCCAGCAAGCGUCCUUGGCUCGGGGAACAGACUGAGACACCUCCAGGCAAGAGGCGUCGUGACGGUCCUGCUAGGCUUGAAUUGGUAGAGUUGCAGCGGUAUAGUCUGGGUGUUGGGGAAUCACUUUUCCAUAAUCUUGCACGCAAAACUCCCGCUUCACUCAUUGUGUCAAUUCUCACCGACUUCGAACAUCCCCACUUCGAAUAUCGCUCCGAGUGGUUCAACAGCACUACGCCUGUGCUUUCUGAGAACGAUGAUUUGGACUUGAAGAACACGCUAUCGCUAUUGCGCCCACAAGCGUACCUCGCUCAGAGCCAACCUGCUAGCACAUUGUCUCCAGCAACCACCUUCAAUCUGUUUGCAGCAUAA